AUGGCGCAUCUGCGUCAUGUGUUUUCCCAAAGCUUGGCUGUGCUGCUCUUUGGAUGCAGUAACGCUGCUGUGCUGGUCUGUUUUUCCCAGGAAGGGCAGGAGAAUGUAGAAAUCCUCCCGUCUGGAGAGCGUCAGCAGGCAAACCAGAAGCGGAUUACCACCCCCUACAUGACCAAGUAUGAGCGAGCCCGAGUCCUGGGCACUCGUGCCCUCCAGAUAGCGAUGUGUGCCCCUGUGAUGGUGGAGUUGGAAGGAGAGACAGACCCCUUGCUGAUUGCCAUGAAAGAACUCAAAGCACGCAAGAUCCCCAUAAUCAUCCGCCGAUAUCUGCCAGACGGGAGCUAUGAAGACUGGGGGGUGGAUGAGUUAAUUAUCACAGACUGAUCAGCCUGGAAAGCCAUUGCUUUUGGUUCUUCCUUCCACAGCAGAUGUUUCUAUUUUUGUUUAUAUUUGUGUAAAUAAAUUGUAAACUUCCCUA